CCAAAAAUUCUCUGAUCUAUUGACUAAUAUUUUACUAGCAAGGUAUCAAAGAAUGGCUGUUCUCACAAUUCAGCCACAUUUUGUGUUAUUCCCUUUCAUGGCACAAGGUCACACUAUCCCUAUGAUUGACAUUGCACGGUUAUUAGCACAGCGAGGAGUUAAAAUCACAAUCCUUACUACACACUUAAAUGCCACUAGAUUCAAGACAGUCGUUGAUCGCGCUAUAGAGUCAGGACUAAAGAUUCAAGUAAUUCACCUCUAUUUUCCAAGCUUAGAGUCAGGACUACCUGAAGGGUGUGAAAAUUUUGACAUGCUUCCAUCUAUGGAUUUGGGAAUGAAGUUUUUCGAUGCAACGAAAAGACUUCAACCCCAAGUGGAAGACUUGUUGCAAGAAUUGAAUCCAUCGCCAAAUUGUUUAAUAUCUGAUAUGUGUUUCCCUUGGACUACUAACGUUGCACAAAAAUUUAAUGUCCCUAGGAUUGUUUUUCAUGGGAUGUGUUGUUUCUCUUUAUUGUGUUUACAUAAUUUGAGAGGUUGGAAAGAGUUGGAAAAUAUAGAGUCUGAUAAAGAGUAUUUUCAAGUGCCUGGAUUACAUGACAAAAUUGAACUAAACAAAGUUCAGCUUGCAAGUAUUGUUAGGCAAAGAGAUUCAUAUUGGAAAGAAUUAGGGGAUCAAAUGAAGAAAGCAGAGGAUGAAGCUUAUGGGAUAGUAGUGAAUAGUUUUGAGGAUUUAGAACAAGAAUAUGUCAAGGGAUUGAAAAAUGCCAAAGAAAAGAAAAUUUGGACCAUUGGCCCUGUUUCUUUAUGCAAUAUAGAGAAACAAGACAAAGCUGAAAGAGGAAACAAGGCUUCAAUAGAUGAACACCAAUGCCUAAAAUGGCUAGAUUCUUGGGAAGAAAACUCUGUACUCUUUGUAUGUCUCGGAAGCCUAUCGCGGCUUCCAACACAACAAAUGAUAGAGCUUGGGAUUGGUUUAGAAUCGUCGAGACGACCCUUUAUUUGGGUUGUUAGACACAUGUCAGAUGAAUUCCAAAAAUGGCUAGUGGAAGAAAAUUUUGAGGAAAGAGUUAAAGGGCAAGGAAUUUUAAUCCAUGGUUGGGCACCACAAGUACUAAUAGUGUCUCACGCUUCAGUUGGCGGAUUCUUGACACAUUGUGGAUGGAAUUCGAGUCUUGAAGGAAUAACAGCUGGCGUGCCGAUGAUCACUUGGCCAAUGUUUGCCGAGCAAUUUUGCAAUGAGAGACUAAUAGUGAAUGUACUAAAGACAGGAGUAAGGGCUGGGAUUGAGAAUCCUGUGAUGUUUGGUGAGGAAGAGAAAGUGGGAGCACAAGUGAGUAAAGAUGAUAUUAAGAAGGUAAUUGAAGAAGCAUUUGGUGAAGAAGAGGAAGCUGAAAUGAGAAGAAAAAGAGCUAAAAAGUUGGGAGAAUUGGCAAAAAGGGCUGUUGAGGAAGGGGGUUCCUCUUACUUCAAUUUGACACAAUUGAUUCAAAAUGUCACUGAGCAAGCAAAAUUUUGAAAAUCCAUCUAGGAUUACAAAAAGUUUAUUUAGGUGCAAUGUAUGCCAUAAAGUUCAAAUCGAAUCGAAAUAGUAACGUUAUAGUGUGUAAAGUUCAGUUUACUCUGAUGUAAUACGAAGAUUAGUAAAAUAAUAGUAUUAUUAUUACAACGGGCAAAAGUUCAUUUA